AAAAUGCCUAACCUUACCACCACAUCCAUAUUUCUGCUCCUGGAAUUUACAGAGCGCCGUGACCUACAGAUUUUACACUUCUUUGCAUUCCUAGGAUUGUACUUGAUAGCUGUGACCAACAAUCUUCUCAUCUCCAUUUUAGUAAUUAUUGAUCAUCGCCUACACACCCCCAUGUACUUUUUCUUAAUGAACUUAGGUAUUCUGGAUAUUGGUUCGAUUUCCGUUAUGGUACCCAAAGCAAUGGCUAACUCCCUCCUGAACAGCAGGUCAAUCUCUUAUUCUGGAUGUGUGGCUCAGGUUUUCUUUUUCUUUGCCUUUGCAACCUCAGACCUUGCCCUGCUCACGAUAAUGGCACACGAUCGAUACGUUGCUAUCUGCAAUCCAUUACAAUAUGAGUUAAUUAUGCACAAAGAAGCCUGCAUUCAGAUGGUGGCCAGCGCAUGGAUCAGUGGUAUUCUUAAUGCUACUUUACACACUGGGGGUACUUUUGCUGUCACCUUCUGCUCCAAUGUGGUCAACCAAUUCUUCUGUGAAGUCCCACAACUGCUAAAGCUUGCCUGCUCGGACUUGUACCUGGUUGAAGUUGGCCUUCUUGUGCUUAACUGCAGCAUUGUGCUAGGAUGCUUUAUCUUCAUCAUUGUAACUUAUAUGAAUAUUUUUGCUACAGUGCUCAGAAUCCCUUCUGUGCAAGGUCAGAAGAAAGCCCUCUCCACUUGCCUUCCCCACCUCACUGUGGUAUCUCUCCUCGUAUUCAGUGGCAUCUUUGCCUAUGCAAGGCCUCCCACUAAUACUUCUUCUCUUCUAGAUGUAGUUUGUGCUGUGAUAUAUACUAUAAUCUCCCCAUUGCUCAAUCCAGUCAUCUAUAGCAUGAGAAACAAAGAGAUCAAGGCUGCAUUACUGAAGUUGUUGCGUUUGGGGCCUUUGUCUAAACUCAUCUCCAACAGAAUUCUUCUAUGA